AUGGCCUCCGCAAGAUUGACUGCGCUGCCAGCAUUGAGGAGACAGCACCUACUUGUCGAGUUUGCUGGACUCAAACAAGCUUGUCCUGAUGGUGUCUUCGUGAGCCUCACGCCUGGGGACCCUACUCUUUGGUCUGGUGUUCUGUUCGUCCGGGAUGGUCCCUAUGCCCCAGCGGUAAUGCGAUUCCAGAUCUCGUUUCCCGACUCAUACCCCGGACUACCGCCGCUAGUAACAUUCUCGACGGAUAUGUUUCACCCCUUGAUUACCCCCCUGAGCACGUACAUGUACUCGACCGUUAUCCAGGACAGUGGCACCGUGAGCGCGACCGACGUCGAACGGCUGCCACCCGGGGGCUUCAGCUUGACACAUGGGUUUCCCGACUGGUUCGGGCGCCGCGGGAGAAAUACGACUAGAGAUACUCAGCCUGCUGGGCAGCAAGAUGAGAGACAGACACCGCAUCGGCCCCCUCCGGCAGGUACAGGAAGUGAAGCCACGCCUGGAUCGAAAGGCUCCGCUAUUGGCGAGUCACCAGGCUUUGCAGGAACAAGGGUGAAGGAUAUAUCUACCUUUGAGGUCUUGCGCUACAUUCGCAGCACGUUUGACGAGGAAAUCGUUCUGGACUCGAUACCGCUUGAGGCUGCAGGCAAUCCAGGCGCAUGGCAUGCUUGGCGAACUCACCGGAUGGAUAGCGGGAAAGUGUUCUCGGAUGCCCCCUUUGGUGAUGGAGGUGACACAGCAGCUAGUGCAGCUCCCGUAGCUGGUCCAGAGGCCGUAAGAAAGCCCGGAGAGUGGAACUGGGAAGGCGUUUGGGAAGAACGAGUCAAAAAGGGGGUGACGGCAAGUCUGUCUGAAACCGUCAUGUUUGGCGGUGUUGGUGCAUCAGACGACGCGAUACACUUUCUCAAUAUGGAGGACCAUGACGUGGACGCCGUCAAAGGUAACCUCUUGCGCACUUUGGACCAUGCCACGUAA